AUGGAUAGGGUAUCGAACGUACCUAAGCCGAGUGAUGACUUCCUUCGUCGGUUAUCGGAGUUCUAUCAUCCGAUGCUCGUCGGUUUCGACUGGAAAGGCCGACUAUUUGACCGCCUGCUCGGCCUACCAGCCGAAGACUACAUCGGCGAGACCGAUUUCAUAGGUUGGCUUUUCCCGCUGCCGGAGCGGAUCGGUGCCGAGACUUCGCCUGCAGAGGCCGCGCCUAUCUUGGACGAGUCGGCAUUUAUGUACAUGCGCCAGGAGGAAGCCAUAGGACAAAAUCUGAAGCUUGCUCUCAUUCGUUUGCUCAACAUAUACGGUUUCAAGAUCCAGUAUUUUAAACGCGGCGCUGUCGAGGACCCUAUUAUAACCCAUCUUGGUGGCGGAAUGGAAAAGUUCCAACUCUGGGCAGUGGCGUAUUCCCAUCACCAUCAUCGUAUAGCCCGCAUCAUCAGAAGCACCCGCAUCCUAGGCUAUGAGAGAAUAGGGGCGGCCGUCAUGAGUGCGUUUGUGAACACUGUUAAUGAUUGGGAUCUAUUUGGGCAGUGGCCUCCUAACAUAGCUGAGGCGGUUCUGGAGAGCUGGAGACGAGCUGGGGAGUCAAAAUUAGAAGUAGCGUGGGAUGGCAAGGUUUAUGCUCCAUGGUUGUCACGUUACCGGAAUGCUAAGCUUUUUUAG